AAGGAUUGUUUUAAAACGUGAGCGAUCGCAAGUCUGUUACCGCAAAAGGUCGCUUUCGAUUUACGUUUUAUUUAACACACGUAGAGUUUGCUUGCACACAUACAAAAUCAAAUUAGAGAGUCCAAACAUAAUUGUUUUCCGUGUUUCUCGACAGAGAGCGAAAAUGGAGAUUAUGGAGGAUGGGAAUUUGGUCGAUCGCGUAAGAAUUUUAUUGCAACGGGAUAUGCAAUAUUACCAGGAGAUGCAAACGGUUCUGAGGGAACCCCUCUGUAUACGCAUCAGCGGCGGUAGGCUCGAUUUUCCACGGCACGCCUCGUUCGCCGCGAUUAAGAUCGUCACGUGGUGGGAAGCGGACUUCGUGGCCGCUUUCAGGCGCGCUUCCGGUUUGAGCUCCUCCGAGAACGGAAGCGCGUCCAGCGUCGACAGUGAAGACGUUGUCAUCAAACGGAUCCAGCCGUCCGACUUUAUUCUGCUCGUUGUCGACACCGCCGAGCAACUGCUAGAACAUCUGCACAUGUUAAUCCAGGAAUCGUUGGACCACGCCGAUCUCACCGUGCUCACUGCCACUUUGGGAGCGGCGGCAUUGAUACGUAACUGCUUGCGGUGCUACAAUCAGCACGCAAAAGGAAUAAUUUCUUCUCAAUCGAGCGAAAAGAUUAACAAGUCCCACAAAGCGUUUCAUGAAAUGGCCGAAGCUGUGGCGGAGAGAUUGCUCGACCUGCACUGUCGACUAAUUUCCUUAUACAUUCUCAAUGAGGCGGACUCCCUCAGCUGGCACAGCGACAAACCAUUCUUCGAGAGGGAACGGUGCUCCUACGUGGUACAAAUGUGGUGGUUGUACAUGCAAGGCACUAAGGCGGAUUUAUGGAACACGGUCUCGCCUAAGAUGGCACAGCGCGUAUUUUCAGAGAUGCUAAACGAGUCCCUGUCCAUCAUAACUACGCGAUUCAUUCACGGACGACCGACAGUGGCGCGAGCCGAACAAUUUUGGUCGGACGCCUUUAAUGUGCUUUGCUGCACGGGCUACCUCGCUUUGGGCGCGUGUGUCGACAGCGACGGGAUGAUUGGUGCACGUCCGAGUAAUUUGCCGACGGCGGUAAGAGACAUGCACGCAAAAUGUAACGAACUGUUAAUCUGCUUGCUGCUCAGAGGCACCCCUCUCAGAGAAUUAUAUCAGAUCUUCCGACACGGUUUGGAAAAUCUGGCGAUGCUGCGGCCCCGGCGCGGGCCUGCUCCUUGGCUGCUGAUAUGCGCUCCAAAUUUGUUAGGAUUAGGCGCAACCGAUUCUCCAGCCGAUAUUAUAACGUUACCCGCGGACAAAGCUGUCGUCCUCGAGCUGAAUGUCUUGAGGCAUCAGCCCCAACCCAACUGGCCUCAGUUGAUGAAGGUGAUAUCGAUGAGCGAUUACGUUGUGGCAAGGAUGCUGCUGAAGACCUUGAUACGGCAAAACGUAGGCGUCACGUGCGUGGACGACACUGACGCUGCUGACAGGUCAAAGAGCGACGAAAGAAGCUGCAGCGGUUUCUUAUGCAGCGGAUCGGCGUGCGACAAAACGCUAAAAAUCACUUCGGCUCUGGCAUUGUACAGCUUCUUCCACGUAUUGGUGGUAACCGUUAACGAGCCGGAGCACGUGAUCAUAUCGGCGCUCAAGCAGGACCCGAAUUGGUCCAAUUAUUUGGACAGACAACAGGUCUGGAAUCAAUCGCGGCCACCUUGGCUGAACGCGCUGAUAAAGCCGCUGAAAAUUAUGAUGCAGCCGGUGGCCGACGUGCUUUUAGACGCCGCGAAAACAGGUGCCAGCAUAUAUCAGGCCAUGUCCCUAGCGAUCGGUUGCUUCGCCGAGCUAUACGUGACCGCCUCGACUCCGGUUUUACGCGCCGCGUUCGCGUUAAACGACAACGUACCCGCGCACUGCCGGCCGAUCGGCGGCAACGUGUUGCUCCAGGUGUUAUGCGCCGCUCUGUACUCCACCCUCCUGGACAUGUCCGCGAAGGGCAGGAACGAGUCUCACAGUACACCGGGCUCCCAGGACACGUGUUGCGAGCUGAGCCCUUUCAAUCCGUACGACCGAUCUACCGCCGCGACGGCGCUCGCUGAGGCGAUUUGCAGCAUCGACGAGGACAAUAAGCACACGUCGCAGAUAGACUCCUUCUUGCUUCUUGUCAAGGACAGCCUCAGGAGAGAAGACGAGAAUCCGAGAAGCGGUGAAUUACAGAACAUGGCUUGUGUCAUCGAAACUUACACAGACGAGUUGUUGUUCACGAAUGUCGGGCGACGUUCCUUAAAAAUUGCACACGAGUAUCUAGUUCGAGCGUCCGAUUGGGUAUUAAAUAAUUUACGUCGCGGCGAGGAGAGCAGGGAGGUAGAUUUGAUUAUUCUGCCAGAAGUGUCGCCCAUCGUCAAGUCUCUCGCACAUAUAAUGUUUCACAUCGAGGACACGUGCUUCGAUCAAUUUAUGGCUAAUUACGAGGCAACCAACUGGUCAAGGAUAUUAACGAUGCCUCUGUCGAUUACUCUGGAGCGUGUACGAAGCCAAGUUCUCCUGAGGCCGGAAUUCAAGAACGUCGGGGAUCUGAGCCACGAGGAUAAAGAAGUGGCGCAAUCUAUCAAAAGGAUUUGCUCGUUCGUCAGAUCGGCGCGUUUCAAAUAAGCUGUUCGCACCUGUAGCGAUGUCUCUGCUGUAAUUUGUUCUCGAUAGGUUCGAAUUUUUAUUCUGUAACCAAAUGUAUAGAGGACAGUUUCCUAAUACGAGACAGGAUCCUAAUACGAGAUCGCGGGGUUUCUGCCAAAUUAACAGGCGUCGUCUGUUGGUUCCACCAUGAAUUUAUUGCACUUGGAGUGAAAUCUGUUUAGUGGAAAAUUUAUUGUUAGAUCGUGUAAUCGUUGCGAAAAAGAUUUGUGAUUGAACUUGGAUGUGGAAAUCCGGUUGUCUCAUAUUAGAAACUCAUAAUCAUGGGACUUUUCUCUACGUUUGCUCAAUAAAAUAACGGAUCCUUUAAAGGCGGCGCAGAGAGAGAAAGAGAGAGAGAGACAGGUUUCUUUCCACGCGAUAUAUCUCUGGCGUUUAUAGCUUCCGAGAAUAAGAUAUCUCGCGGUAAAAGUGUGGCCUGCGUUUUUCGCAUUUUACAUAAUGCAUCUGGAAGUAAACGGUCGGCAAUUUCUUCUCGCGGUAAAAGUUCGCGCGAGCCACUCUCCCGAAAGUUUUCAAUUCGGACUCUACUAGAAAUGGCCACUUUUCGAAAGUUUUUAAUCGGGCUUCUUAAUCUAUUAGCAAAGAUGAAAAAGAAAAUCCUUUUAGCGACACGAGUUAAGCGCUUCCUCGUUCUUUCCCCGUUACUUGGAUUACUGCCGCCCGCGCGCGUGUCAAGACUUGACCGCGUCGAAAUCUAACUACCGUUAGUUCAUUAUUAGUACAACCAACGCAGUCGCAUUGUCAGUAACUCCGCUCGUAGAUGAUGCAUUCACAGAAUAUAUCCGCGGGCGUAUCCACGGAAAGUUCUGUGGGAUUCACGUGGGAGAUGAAGAAUUUUGUAGAACACAUUUGCUGCAGAGGAAUAAAUGUGACACAGUGUUACAUAAUAAUUUAUUUUUAAUUUUGCAAAUUGACAUAUUUGAGACGCGACCCUCUUUCUGUUGGCGAAUAAUGAUAAUAUUGAUAAACAGUUCGCACUAAAGUUUCGCGAACGAUCCCCAUUACGCGUGAAAUUUUUUUAACCGUUAUAGUUUCUGCAAUGUAUACGUCAUAGAUGAUGCAGAUCUUCCCUUUUCUCUUUAUAAUACAAUGAUUAUAUUAUUUGGCACAUUUAUCGCAAAGACUACGUCUAUUAACCGAUUGAUGGACCAACAGGCCAGCUGUUGAAAAUUAUACGAUGCCCCAGAAUUAUCCAAUAAUCUUGCAGAUAAGAUUCACGGCACAUUUCUCGUCUCCUCAAGGGAAUAUUCAGUGGAAGAUUAUAAUCACAAACCGUUCGUUACAAAUUAAUAAAAUCGUUUAUUAUAAAUUAAUAAAAAGAGAGAGCGAGCUCUUGGUAAGUUAAAGUUUAAAAGUGUAAAUAAAUGAUUAAGUGCUGUACACAUUGGUCAGUUUAAAUACAUUUAAUUAGAAGAAAGUUGCUGGCUGAGAUAUUCAAUGAUGGCAAUUAAAACAACGUUUUAGUGUCUUCCGAAGGAAAUCAAAUUCGUCGUUCCUCGAUCCUCCGUCGACAAAUUGCCCGAAAAGCCUGGGACACCCGAUGUACAUCAGCUCACAGGGCGCGAAGUUGUUUCUAUAUUCUCUGUGCCGAUGCGCGUAAUUAAAAUAAGGAACAAUUACGCUCGUAGCGAUCGAAGCGUGUAGAUUGUUAUCCCACAUCGAAUGAAGGACUUAGGCCAAGUGUCCUUUUACAGCGCCGCCGCCACUAAUUAAUGGAAAUUAACGAGGUAGAACGGCGGGCGCAAUU